AUGUGUUCGUCACAGAUGAGUUCAUCAGAUGUGUUCGUCACAGAUGUGUUCGUCACAGAUGAGUUCGUCACAGAUGAGUUCGUCACAGAUGUGAUCGUCACAGAUGAGUUCGUCACAGAUGAGUUCGUCACAGAUGAGUUCGUCACAGAUGUGUUCGUCACAGAUGUGUUUGUCACAGAUGUGAUCGUCACAGAUGUGAUCGUCACAGAUGUGAUUGUCACAGAUGUGAUCGUCACAGAUGUGAUCGUCACAGAUGUGAUCGUCACAGAUGUGUUCGUCACAGAUGUGUUUGUCACAGAUGUGAUCGUCACAGAUGUGAUCGUCACAGAUGUGUUCGUCACAGAUGUGAUCGUCACAGAUGUGUUCGUCACAGAUGUGAUCGUCACAGAUGUGUCCGUCACAGAUGUGAUCGUCACAGAUGUGAUCGUCACAGAUGUGUUCGUCACAGAUGUGAUCGUCACAGAUGUGUCCGUCACAGAUGUGAUCGUCACAGAUGUGAUCGUCACAGAUGUGUCCGUCACAGAUGUGAUCGUCACAGAUGUGAUCGUCACAGAUGUGAUCGUCACAGAUGUGAUCGUCACAGAUGUGAUCGUCACAGAUGUGAUCGUCACAGAUGUGAUCGUCACAGAUGUGAUCGUCACAGAUGUGAUCGUCACAGAUGUGAUCGUCACAGAUGUGUUCGUCACAGAUGUGUUCGUCACAGAUCAGAUGUGUCCGUCACAGAUGUGA